AUGUACCACCUCGUCCGCUCCCUCUACCUCCGCUACACGUCCAAACCCGAAUACUCCAUUCUCCUCUUGGGCCUCGACAACGCCGGCAAAACCACCCUCUUGAACCAGAUCAAGGCCCUCUUCUCUACCACCGCUACCAACACACCCGACCCUCUACUGCCCCCAAACCCCACCACCACAGAUUCAACCACUGGAGCGGAAGAAGGCGCGUCAAGCACAGCAGGAAAUACAGUCCCAACAGUAGGACAGAAUGUCGCGACGAUCGACCUGCCAGAGAUGUAUCUGAAGAUGUGGGAUGUGGGCGGACAGAUGAGUUUGCGGCGGCUGUGGACGGGGUAUUAUCGGGUGUGUCAUGCGGUUGUGUUUGUGGUCGAUAGUAGUGAUUUGGGGAGCGGCGGAUUGGAGGGGUUCUUUGACGAGCCUCAGGGCAGGGUGAAUGGGGUUGGGGAGAAGGGUGCGGAUGGGGCUGAGGGGGCUGCUGGUGGUGGGAGCGAUGGGUCAAGGGGAGUAGGGACGAUAGGCAGAGGGUGGCAAGGCGGCGGCGCACGACUGAAGAGUUUUCGGAAGAAUAGUGCGUUGGGAGACGGCGACGACGAAGGAGAAGGGAAGGACUGGGCAUGGCCGAAAACGCCCAUGACGCCUAUCACGCCGGGCGCAUUACUUGGUGGACUUAAUCACGGCCGCCUCGAAGAAGCGCGUGAAGUUCUGGAGUCCGUUCUCGGACAUGAAGACAUGGGCGGCGUCCCCAUUUUAGUGCUCGCGAACAAGCAAGAUCGGGAAGAUAGUAUUGAGGUGGUGAGGAUAAAAGAAGGCUUCGUGAGGAAGGUGUUUGAGGGGGAGAAGGGCGGGUUGAUCAGGGAUAGUAGGGUACUGCCGGUGAGUGCGUUGAAGGGGACGGGGGUGCGGGAGGCUGUGGAGUGGGUGAGGAGUAGGGUUGUGUGGAAUAAGGAAGGACGGCCGCCGGUCAUGCGGUGA